UUUACGUUUAGUCUCUACUCUCCAGCUAGGGAUACAUCUCUUACAUAAACUCUGACAAAAGUUAUUACUAAAUCCAUCCAAGAUUAUUAGAUAUCCAUUAACUUAACUUUAUGCAUUAGCCUCCCAACUUUUAUGUUCGUUAAGUUUGAUUGACAAAGAGAGAGAGAGAGUAGAGACUAUGAUGUUUCAACACGAGUAUCCAUAUGGCUUCUCCCUCAUGGAAACAUCAUCAAGCUACGAAGUCUUGGACUACAAAAUGAUCGUUGGUUCACCCCCAAAUCCAAUUUCUUUUGCUUCUUCUUUAGCGACACUCUCUUCCUCCAUAGCCGAGCAACAAUCUAAUUCAACGGACAAUUUAUAUUCUCUACAAGCACGAGGUGGUUUCGGUGAAGAACCGCCGCGGAAGAAGAGGAGGAGGAGGAGAACGAGAAGUGAACAAAUGAUAGAAGAGAAAGAGAACCAAAGGAUGAAUCACAUCGCCGUCGAGCGUAACCGGAGAAGGCAGAUGAAUCAUUUUCUGUCCAUACUCAAAGCUAUGAUGCCUCUCUCUUAUUCUCAGCGUAGUGACCAAGCAUCAAUCAUAGAGGGGACUAUAAACUAUCUAAAGAAGCAAGAACAACUUCUUCAAUCAUUCGAGGCCCAAUUAAAACCCACAAAACCCAAUCAACCGACGAACAUAUUCUCCGACUUCUUCAACUUCCCUCAAUACUCCACCGCCAUCGCCUCGAGCCGCCGCCGCCACCACAACGGACUUGCGGUGGUUGCUGACGUGGAAGUUACUAUGGUCGAAAUGCAUGCUAACAUUAAAGUGUUAACAAAGACACGCCCAAGAUUGUUGCUCAAGAUGAUCAAUGAGUUUGACUCCUUAGGGUUAACUAUAUUUCAUCUCAACCUCACAACUUCCAAUAACAUGUCUCUUUUCACUUUUAGCGUCAAGGUAGAUGAAGCCUGUCGCUUAACGACUACAGCUAAUGAGGUCGCAGAUGCGGUGCAUGAAGUCGUUAGCAGAAUUCACAAGGAACACUGACCUUUUUUGGUAAAGGC